ACAGUGAUUCUGAUUCGGGAUUGUUUCCAAAGAGCGACGCUGAAGUGGAGCGUCAGAGCGCUGCUGUGCCACCUUUAACUCUGAAGCUCCUCGAAUGUGAAGGAGCUGAUCUGGAGGAUUUGGUUCACAGGAUCCUCACAAACUAAAUGUGAUAUUUCUGCCACAGGAGAAACACGGGGACGCUGGGACGGUUUUCCCUCCACACACAUUGAGAGUUUGUGCGCAGCAGAGGGAGAGACCAGCGGACCGAGCGGCCAGAGAUGAACACAGUUGUGUUUAACCAGCUGAGCAGCCAGAUCCUGUUUGAGGAGAAGGCGAAUGAGGUGGAAAUGAGCAGCAGAAGUUACCUGGAAGUCAUCGACGGCCAACAUCCAGAUCUCCUCUGCAGCAGCGCGGCCAUCAGAGAAAGCCAGGCGGUCAGACACAGGCGGAGCGGGGGUCGUCCCAGCGGCAGCAAAGUGCGACACAAGCGCCAGGCCCUGCAGGACAUGGCCCGGCCGCUCAAGCAGUGGCUCUACAAGCACAGAGACAACCCCUACCCGACCAAGACGGAGAAAAUCCUCCUGGCGCUCGGCUCGCAGAUGACUCUUGUCCAGGUGUCCAACUGGUUUGCCAAUGCUAGGAGACGCCUGAAGAACACAGUGAGGCAGCCGGACCUGAGCUGGGCCCUCAGGAUCAAACUCUACAACAAAUACGUUCAGGGCAACGCUGAGAGGCUCAGUGUCAGCAGUGACGACAGCUGCUCUGAAGAUGGCGACAACCCUCAGAUGACACAAAAUGGUCCUGAGGUUCUCACCAAACCCUUGUACCCGAGAGUCGUCAAGAGGGAGGGCUCCUCCAUGGUGGCCAUGACCAUAGGUAUGGACCCGGGGCUGCGUUCUGCCGUUGAGGCCGCCUCUCUGGCCGAGGAUUACGUGUCUCCACCCAAGUACAAGAGCAGCCUGCUGCAUCGCUACCUGAACGACUCUCUGCGGCACGUCAUGGUGACCAACGCUGUCACGCACAAGAGGAACCACUCUGGCUCCUUCAGCUCCAACGAAUACGACGAUGAGCUGCUGUCGCCGUCCUCCUCCGAAGCUGAGGCCAACUUCGUUUAUCAAGCUGAAACCACAGACCUUGGGCCAAGUAAAUGUGACAAUGGCAGCGGUGGCGUCGCAGCUACGCAGAAGGAGGAGGUAAAGGCCAAAGAUGAGACGCACUGGAAGGAGAUCAACGCGGCCAUGGCCUUGACCAACUUGGCACAGGGGAAGGACAGCGUCUCUGGGACAACCAGCUGCAUCAUCCAGAAGUCCUCUCACAUAGCUGAGGUGAAGACUGUUAGAAAAGCUGCUGCUGCUGCUGAAGUAUUAGCUCUGACGUUAUCCGUCUAUGCAAAGCAGCAAACAUUCCUCUCUCAGCAAACAGAGACCAAAUAAACUCCCCCUGACAGAAAAACAACUGGUGCUGAAGGAGGAGAAAGGGGAUCUGAAAGGCCCAAAAUUUAACUGUUGGUCUUAUUGAAAAUUUCCAAAAGUUGCGUUGGCCAUCCUUUUCUUAAAACAAGGAACUUUUGUAAUCUUAUUUUUGUAUUUCUAUUUUUUACUGGUCCAGAUUCUGUAUUCACCAAAGAGCCUUUGUUUUGUAGCAGAUUCGCUCACUGAUUGUUCAGAUAUUCAGCAAACAUGAUCUAGUUGUUCUGAAAGGAAAGUCAGGAACAGUGAAGCUUCACUGCAGCCCCUAUGUUUAGAAAUGGGGGUUCCGUCACUGCCCUUGUUCCUUUGAGCAGGUGCCUGGAUGAACCAUUAUAGGAUUAAACAUGUUAUUGUUGCCUGUAGGUGUCGACUCAUCUUGGAUCCGUCCUCUCCUGACUGACUCAGUAUAUACGGGUCUGUAAGGUUCUGUUCAUGUGUGUCAUAAUUGACUAGUUGUGUUUGGAUUUUCUGACACCCAGACUGUUGUGAUCAGAGACUUUAGGAAAGAAUGUGCUGAAGAGUUUAAAAAGCUCCCAACCAGGAACUCUGGUUCCUGGUUGGGAUGGGUUUCAACAGAAUGGUGAAGGAAAGUCUGACUAACGAGAGAUAAAGUUACAUUAUUUCACUUGGUGGGACGAUUGAAGAAACCCGAUCUCCAUCUAUCCAUGCAUCCCUAUUCCAACACGCUUAUCCCCUGUGGGGUCACGAGGGGUGCUGGUGCCUAUCUCCAGCUGUCAAUGGGUGAGAGGCGGGGUACACCCUGGACGGGUCGCUCGUACAUAUCGGGCGAACCCUGAUAUGUCCGUAUUUGUCACACGCUUCAGGCACAAAUGGCCUCAUGAACUGAGCAGUUGGCCCGGUUAGAUGGUGUUUAUUGAUAAUUCUUGGUCAGGCAGGCGGGGGUUAUAUCCGUGGCGUCAGUCCAAGUUUGGGGCUAUCCAUGUAUCAGUUGUCAGGGAAGCAGGAGGUUGUCACCGGGGAGUCCAAGACAACAGGUGAGGGUUCAGGUAAUCAGACAAGACUGGACAAGGGAGAAAAAACAGGCAGGUUAGGAGAGGGAACAAAAACUUGGCUUAGUCAAAGCUAGACACGAGCGGACAGAUGGCCUGAGAGUGUUUACCACUAGGGGUUAGACAACAAUCUGACGCCGAGCAGGUGGAAGCUCUGCCCUUAUAUGGGACCCACUGCUGAUCAGAAGACUACCUGCAGGUGUGAGGGUCACAGCAGCUGAUGUGACAGUAUUAUUUUAGGGCCAGUCAACAGAACGCUGUUUGAGUCGACAGUAUAGUAAAUAAGUCAGGAAGGAGGUGAAGUGAGGCCAGAGAAUAGUAACUAAGUAAAAUUGUAUUUUUACAGCACAUUUCACAGAAAACAUCAGAAGGCUGAGGCUUAAGCAUGUCAGAAAUAUACUGGAGGUCCUGACCAUGUUGGGCCCUACAAGUUAAAACAAUAAGUUUAAACUGGAACCUAAAAUUAACUGGUAGCCAGGGAAGAGGGGCUUGAACAAGAAUUAUGUGAACUCCCCUGCUUGUCCCUGUCAAAAGUCUAGCUGCAGCAUUCUGGACAGUUUCAAUGCAAUGUGUUGCAGAAAAAGCUUAUGAUGUUCAUUUUGUAGAGUAAAAGGCUCUGUAUCGAUGAGCUGAAGUGUCCGUCUCUGAUCCUUAUCAGAACUGAUGCUUUAACAGGAAGAACCUUGUUCCCUGACAACAGAAGGGUCACUAUGGCCAUUGUAUGGCCAUGAGACAGUAUAUCAGGACAUGUAGGGAUGAAAUAUCAACAUCAUGACUUUUCUAUAACUUGUAUUUACAUCAAAGCAAUGAAAGUGGUAUGCAUCAGUUUUUAUUGUUUAUAAAAACAUAUAUGUGUUUAUUCAUAUGGAGACUGGAUGCGCAGUCCAAUGAUCAAAUACAUAUUUGCUUGUGCUGCCUGGUUUGUUCUCAAGUAAAAUGUAUUUUAUAAAGCUGUUACUUUGUGACAAAAAUGAAUAAACUAUUGAAUUAAA